AUGAAAGAGAGAGGGAGAGAAAAAUAAAAAAGAGGGCGUAUACUACAUCAACUAGUUUCGCUACCUACAACACAGUCGCCAACCGAACUCGGCUCGGCCAACACAGACGGAGUGGUCGUCGUCGUCGAUAUACACGCGCACAUGUUUUAGGUUAGAUGUGGUCGCUAAUUCAUCGACUAUAAAAACAUUUUCUUUUGACGGUCAAUCGGACCCUGAAAGAAAAUUUUUUUUUCAUUUUUUUUUGUGGGGGUGGGUGGGGUGGGGGGUUUCUAAGGUAAUCUCACUCACGGAGUGGGGGGAUCACUGAUUGGAGAAGCAAGGAAACGAAAAAAAAAAAGAUCCAACAGGCAGUUUGCCUUGCGUGUAUGGCAUGGGAGGCGCUGGCUUAGAACGCGAUUGAUUUGAUUGACUGUGAAGAACCAACUGGAAGAUCUCUUCUUCUGUCUCUUCUCUUCUCUACCCGGAUGUCAACGAUGAGGCGUCCCAUGUGGAAAAUUCACUGCAUGACGGUAGUUUUCCUUACCGGCAUCAAUUUCUACUUGCUGGUCAAACUGCUCCAUUGCGCCGAGAAGACCAGCGACCACAACCGGACCAGCUCCAGCACGGAAGGAUCGCCCGCCUCUUCCAGCCUCUUCGCAUGGCAGUACGCCGGACAGCAGCGACAUCCGCAGCUGGACGUCCAAGUCAGGGGACUCUGGAAGGGCCUGCAAUUGCCGGAACAGCACCGGACCGAACAGGGGUCAUCCGGCGGAGCCAGGAGCCCAGCCAGGAGCGGCCGUGAAGAGGAUAAAGCGGCCGAAACGGAAGCAGCGAUAGUCGAUAGUUCCACUUUUGAUUUGUUGAUGCCACUCGGCCGUUGGGACGACAGCCGCAGUUUCGUCGUUCGAGACUUUGCCGUUACCGGCAAGCAGUUCCACAGCACGGCCGUUAGCCACAACGUGUGCUUGGCGACGCAAUCAUCUCUUGACCGGCUUCAUUGGCUGGGCGAGUCAUCGGACCACUGGCGGGGGGCGAUUUCUCUGGCCAUUUACUUGGACGACGAAGAGGUCGGCCUUUUCUACAAAGUCUUGACACACAUGCGCCGGUGUCACUCUGACCUGCUGGCCAACAUCGCCUUCCACGUCGUGUCGGCCGCUGGCCAAUCUCUGACCCUUCCGGCCGCCUUUUCCGCUACCUUUGCUUCUUCCGCUUCCUCCUCCUCCUCCUCCUCCUCGGGCGGCGACAGUAGCAAGACGGAAACGGAUGAUGGCGACGAAGGCACUUCCGCUUCAGCUGGCCACCAGUCGACUCCGUUCAAUUGUACGGGCCCUUCCGAGGCCCUCACCUGGCUCUUGAAAGAACGUCCGUCUCUCAGCGCCAAAUGGGAAUCCGGGCGACCUUAUCCGCAGAAUUUGAUGCGCAACGUUGCCCGCAAAGGCUGCCCGAGUCAUUACGUCCUUUUGCUGGACGUUGACGUCAUUCCUUCCUACAACAUGGCCGAGUCGCUGGCAGAAUUCCUUGACCGGCCCUCGGUGGUAGCGCAUUGCACUAAGUGCGCUUUCGUCGUGCCCACUUAUGAACUGGACUAUUCUGCUGAUUUCCCGCAGAACAAAACGCAAUUACUAACGCUGGAAAACCAGGGGCGGGCCCAGCCGUUUCAUCACAAAGCCUUCCGCUACAAUCAAUUCGCCAGCAAUUUGACCAGAUGGCGCCAGACUUCUGAAACGGACCAAGUGGUCAUCAGCCACAACGUGACCAACUACGAGUUCUUUUACGAGCCGUUCUACAUCGCCCGCGACGAAGCGCCGCCUCACGACGAACGAUUCCUGGGGUACGGCUUCACCAGAAACACUCAGGUCUACGAAAUGGCGUUGUCCGGCUGGAGUUUCCACGUCCUGAGUCCCAUCUUCACCAUUCACUGGGGGAUGCAGAUGAAACAGCGGCGUCCGGCUUGGAGAAAGACUCAGAUGGAUCGCAAUCGGCGCCUGUUCGACGUCAUUCAUCACGAGCUGAAAGCCAAGUACGGCUUGCUCAACAAGAGCCCCGUUCGCUGGCAUCCGAAACCUAACCAGCAGGCCGCCGCCUCCAGUGGCAACGCUCGAGUCAACGGCGACGCCGCCGCCAAACAGCAGCAGCAGCAGCAGCAUCCGCUAUUCGCUGCCGCCAAGUCAGCAGCCAGAACUUCGAUCUGAUCUGAUAUUUCCCAACAGCCCCAAAAGCAUCUCGUUUAUAUUUAGUAUAUCUGCCCAUCUCAUACGUUUAUCUUCUUAUCUCUACUUCUUUGAUUCUCCUUUUCAUUUCGACAAAUAACGUGACCAUCAUCCAUCCAAUUUCUUGCUCUUUCUCGUCCCUCGCUCAUUCAAACCGGUGACCCUCGCUCGGUGGAAUGACAUGCGCCGAGCUCAUUUUUUUCCGGAUUCACGUCCUAUCGUGUAUUAUACUAUAUUACAUCAGACGCAAAGCGUUGGUGGGCGUAUCGUUUCCCCCCUUAUUGUACACAGUCAGAGUCUCUCUGCGCUGAUCAAAAGGAACUUUUUUUCGGGGUUGAGAUGAGCCAGCGACCUCGUCUCUCUCCGUUUCAACGAGUUUUCCACCGGCGGGGAGAGCCUUUCCUUCGUCGAGUUGUGAUCCUCCUGAAGAAGAAGAAAAAAAUCUAGUCAAAAGUCAUGUCCCUUUGGCUCCAGCUGCUGCUGCAUGCUCUUAAACAAUAAAAAAAAAAGAGGAAAGAAAGAAAGAAGCUCAUCCAAUUAUUUUCUAUUGCUUCAAGAGCAAGAUGCGUCAGUGAGUCGACUCUACCAUCUAAAAACGAAACCCCUCUAUCUCUCUCUUGCUCCUCUCAACUAACAAAAUGAAGGUUCUCUGAAAAAAGAAAAAAAAUUUGCAUUUCCUUCAGCUGUUCUUACUUUAUAGACUAAUAACACACGCAGCGAGGCUGCUGCCCCGAUAUUAUACAGAUAACUCGCGCUCUAGUCGGCCUCUUCCAAAAAAAUAAGAACUGACCGUUGAACUGUUCUAUAAUUCAUAAGUAUGGUUAAAAACAGAUAAAUUGCAGGAGACUACUAAUCGUUAUUUCUAAGCUCCCUGGCAACCUCGGUCCCUCAUGGCUAAAAUUUGCAUGUGAUUUUCUCUCCUUGUUGUACUGGAUGAAUGACUCCCGAAAAAACUUUCAGAUUGUAUACCGUGAAAACUUGAAAAAAAAAAGGAUUAAAAGAAACGACGAGAAAUGUAUACUAUUGAAUACAAAUGAUGUAAAUAUCGUCCUAUAUCCCAG